AUGUCAGGUGAUCGUCGUUUUCAAUACGGAGAGAUAACAGCUGAAGAUAUUAAAACGUUCAAUAAGCAUAAAGAACAAAUCAGUCAAGCAGUUCGAGAGAAAUUUCCAUGGGUUCCGGCUGAUUUCGAGCUGAAACCAGUGCUCUAUCGUUCUCCACCUGCCUGUGGCAAAAUUGAAGAUUUCAAGCAUAAAGAACAAAUCAGUCAAGCAGUUCGAGAGAAAUUUCCAUGGGUUCCGGCUGAUUUCGAGCUGAAACCAGUGCUCUAUCGUUCUCCACCUGCCUGUGGCAAAAUUGAAGAUUUCAAGGUUCCAUUACCUGGCAAUAAGUUUGUUCGUAUUCAACUUACACGUGGUGGAUAUCUAUACCAUGCUCCAGGUAGUGAACCUACACAAGAGACAACAGGUGUUUACAUCGAUGACACAUUAACAUCUUCAGCAGAUGAAUAA